CCCCCCCCCCCAGCGUAACCUGGUCUCACCUCUCCUGUACCUGCACUCCUUUACCUGUUAGCCCUCCCCUGCAUACCUGUCUCACCUGCAGCCUCCAGUCCUCCGCUCCCUCAUGCUUUGGACACAGCCGUCUCACCAGCUGCCCAAUGACUGCCUGGAUCGUCCUGCCUUUCAGCCUCGCUGCUUUCUGCAUCACGGGAAUAUGGAUCGUCUAUGCAAUGGCAGUAAUGAAUCAUCACGUGUGUCCGGUAGAGAACUGGUCUUACAAUGUCACGUGUGCAGAAGAGACAGCCAAGCAGGGCUUCCCCAAAAUGUGCUGCACCCUUCAAGACAUCCCUCUCAUCAGUAAGUGUGGCUCAUUCCCCCCCGAAAGCUGCCUGUUCAGCCUGAUAGGCAACGUCGGAGCCUUCAUGGUGGUGAUGGUUUGUCUGCUCCGCUAUGCUCAGGUGAUUGAGCACAGCCACCACGGCUGGGUUAACACCGGUGCCCUGUUCUCCGGCUGUGUCAAUGCCCUGGGCCUGGUCAUGGUGGGCAACUUCCAGGUGGACCACGCCAAAUCUCUGCACUACGUGGGGGCGGGCGUAGCCUUCCCCGCCGGGCUGCUCUUCGUGUGCCUGCAGUGCGUGCUGACGUACCGCGUGGCGGUCACCACGCUCGACCACUGGAUGGCGCACGUGCGCGUGGCCCUCGCCGUGGGAGCCAUGGUGUCUCUGGUCCUCAGUGGCAUCUUCUUCAUCCACGUGAGCUUCGUCCUUCAGCACGUGGCGGCCAUCUGCGAGUGGGUCUUCACCGUGGACAUCCUGGUGUUCUACGGCACGUUCACCUACGAGUUCGGCACGGUCACCACCGACACCAUGACGGCAGGCCUGCAGAGCUGCCGCCGCCACCCCCACUCCCACCACCACCACCACCAGGGGUCAGGGGUCGUCAUGGGGGCGGGCGCCAGGGCCAUGCCGCUCGGGGGGGGCACCAAGGGCUUGAAAUCGCCCGGCGGCAGCAACGCUUCCCCCCACCUGAACUGCACCCCGGAGAGCACCGCCAUGCUGUAGACCCACCAUCUCAACCUCAAACUCCAGAGGGCGCUGCAGAGCCAGCGUCUGGCCGUUUUUUUUUUUUUUUUUUUUGCCCUGACACGGCGCGGGUAAACGCUGAAUUUUAAAACCGCCGAUGCGUUUACGAGGACGCCCGCCUCGCUUCCAGGGUCAAGUUUAAAUCGGCCCUCCGGGGCUGGAGUUUGAGAUUCCGGCUGCUGUUCUGCUGCUGCCCCGCCCAGCACAGGUGAGGCAUCCGCACGGGUGAGACGUCCGCACAGGUGGAGUUCCUUUGGUCGAUAGACUCCUCGGUCAGCGUGGGGGGGGGGGGGGGGGGGGGUUCAAAGUGCGUUUUCCACGAGGACCAAGGGUGAUGAGAGACCACAGCCAGGGUAGGGUCAGGAUCAGCUGGUACACGACGACACGGCCGCUUCCUGUCCAGUCGCCAUAGGGUGUUAUUUCAUCACCCAUCCCUCCCGACUCUCUCUGAGGGGCAGCGCUUGCUGCGCUGUUCCACUGAAAAUCAGCCAGACACUUACGAAUGCCGUGCAGCCAGGGGGGCUUAUGGGAUGGGAGAAGCCUCCAUUCCACACAUCCUCUGGAGGAUUAAUGGUGCGCUGUUGCUGCAUUUCCCCCGUCUGCCGUGACUAGAACCAGAAAUGCCAAAUCAUCGCUUCCCAUUACGGUUUCCCCUUUAUUUUUCUGUAACUUUUCCUGAAAGUUGGUCUUUUUAUGAAAUUUCCAUGCGAAAAUUUAAUGUUUUUAAGAGUUUGUGUUCUAACGAGAAAGUAUUUAAUUUUUUAACAGCAUCCUGAGAAAUCCCUUCAGGAAAAAGGAGAGGACCUCAUGACUCUCAGGUUUUAUUUAUUUAUUUUAUUUUUAUUUUUUAAGGAGAGCAGAAAUUCUGUCCUUAUUCACGUGGUCAACAGCAAACAGUCGACUAUGAAAGGGAAAUAGUGAAAUAUUAUGUCAGUAUUAAUGAUACAGCAAUAUACAACUUUUACGUUUAAACGAAUAGAUGGCAAUACGUAAAUCAACGACAGACCAAUAUUAGGAUCUCGGUUGGUUCACUGGAAAUGCAGUGCGUGUCGGUUGGGAUUUUAAUCCACGGUUCAGAGACCCGUGACUGUGUUGAAGAGAGAAAAGCUAUGUUAUACGUACCGUGUGCAUUGUAGAUACAUAAUAACACUCCCAACAUCUUAAAUCUAUGAUCCUAAGAAAUGCUAAGAGUAUUAAAGGAACAUGAAAAAAGAGCUUGUCAAUUUUAGGCAUAAAAAAGCCAUGCAAAGCUCCUGCACAUAUAGUCAAGCAGAGGCUCAUAUAGUCAAGACACUGAAAUCCUGGUUUACUGCAGGACUAAGUAAUGCACCGUAAACGUAGUAAGAACGCUCAAAAAAUAAUAAUAAUAAUAAUAAGGUUUCCUUUUUUGUGAUGCGUUCUCUUCCAAAGGUUUUCCGAGAUGGAAGAUAUUUUCAGGUUUUAUACAGUAAUAUUUGCAGCUGUUCGUUUUUUUGCGAAACGAUGUGCAUGUUUGGGCAGCUGGUGAAGAAGUGAAUACGCCACAUUUAUUUAACUCAGCAGUUUUUGGAACUGACAGCGAAAGCAAAGGGGCAUUUAGGGCAGUGUUGACUGCACGGCAACCUCCUAAUGAUAGCUUUAAUAACGGCAUGACAUAACAACACACAAUAAAAAAAUAAGUAAAAACAACAUACAAUAAAAAAAAAACUUAUGUACGUUUUGCUGAACUACAAAAAUUAUAGGUCAUUAGCCUGGAUUAAGUCAACAUCUGUCCUUAUUUUAGACUAACUAUUAAAAGCAAUAAGAAAAAGUGUAACAGUUGCGUUUACUUGGAAGUCAGAGAUAAGGUGGAAUGGUGAUUGAAUACAGUUCAUUAGCCACUUUUUGUUUCAUAUCGCUAUACCGCCGUGACCGUUAAUAGUAUUACGAGGUAGAAAUGCCGCGACCGCAUCGCUGUAAUGCCGCAGUGCUUUUUAAAUACGUACUGACCAAAUGAGGGAAUUGAGAUUUUGUUACCGCAAAUUCUUUGACCGUGGUGCUUCGUCAGUGUGUCUUUGAACGAGCACUGCGAUUUGCCGCUGGUGGGUCAUUUGGACUAAUUACACUACAUUCAUCACGUUUAUCCAGUAAUAAUUCACAACCAGCAAUAGCGCAUCUGUCAUUGGGACCACUAAUAGAUGUCACCUGA